AUGUCGUUUUCUUAUUGGCCGUUGAAAUAUGUGUUCCCACAAAUUCCCCCCAGCUUCUACAUGGCGCUUAUGAGGCGUGGAGGAGAUGAGACAUAUCCAUUAGGCUUUCCAACUGCAUCUGGGCUCCCUUCUUGGAGUUGGGCACCUUUUGCAAGUUGGGCUCCUAAUUGGACUUGUGAGAGAGAUCUUAGAGGAUUGUACUACUUGUUGAGGAGAGGCGUUGCUGUGCAUACCAAAUACUUGGAGCUACGACGCUUGAACCGCAUCUUGGAGAAGUGGCAAGGAAUGCUGGCGCUGGUCCGGGCUGUGCUGCUGCUUAGGUCUGUGCUGGCGAUUUUGGCCGUGCACCUUCAAGGGAUGAGGGUCGAACUGAGAGGAUUGCUCAUCCAUUUAGCCAUCGAAUCCAUCUGCCGAGCCACGAGCAGUAAGCGUGGGAUUGAUUCAACAUCGUUGACCCCUUUGGAGGCGAGGAUGGCUACGGCUAAGAAGGUCAGAGAGUCAUUUGCUCUGGCAAAGGGUCAUUCGGAUACUCGAACAUCUCAUCCAAAGGUUGACAAGCUUAGCUCCGCAUAG